CUCACCUACUCAGCUCAAGACACAAUGACGUCCCUAUACCAACAGACCGUCCCACCUCUGGUCAAGUCUCUCAAGAGCAUGUCUCAUCUUCUUCAAAAAGGCGCCAAGUUUUGCGAGGAAAAGGGCGUCAAACAUGAGCAGCUCCUCACCUACCGCCUAAUCGCCGACAUGCGAGGACUUCCAUACCAAGUCCAAUCCUGCUCCAACACAGCCAAACACGCCGUCGCCCGUCUUGGCGCCCCCAACAUUCCCAUCUUCGAAGACACCGAGACAACCUUUACAGAGCUACACGCCCGCAUCGACCGGACAAUCGAAGUUCUCGAAUCCGUAGACCCAGCCAGCAUCAACGGAAAAGAAGAGCAAGAGGUGAUCAUGGAGACGGGGAUGGGAAACUUUCGCUUCACGGGGCAGAGAUACGUCUCCGAGUUUGUUCUGCCCAACUUUCACUUUCAUCUCACUUCGGCGUAUUGUAUCAUGCGUGCGCAGGGAGUCCCGCUUGGAGCGUUUGAUUAUCUCAAGGAUGUUUUUGAAAAGGUUGAGAAGUAAGUGGUGGAUAUUCGGAAAGGGAGGGUAUUCUUGAAUGGGGGCCGGGAAUAGUCCGUGAGAAAUUCUCGCCGUCGCCUACUUAUUAAUGAAGAGACACUACUUGAAGAUAUCAACAAUACAACAAAAUUAAGUCAUC